AUGAAGAAAUUUGUUAAUCUAGUUUUUCUGUGUCUGUUCAGCCUUUCGAUCCUUUGUAAUUUUAGUAAUGCCAACCAGGCAAUUUACCUUCACAGGUUGCUGAAUUCCAGAAGAUCACAUACUUUUCCUCUUUCAGAUUCUUGGGCACAAUUGCAGGAAAAAGGAGAAUUUUCCCCCGUUUAUGUUGCACCUCAAGAUGGGUUGAUGCAAGCGGACAAGAUUGACAAAUUGCCUGGACAACCUGAUAACGUGGAUUUUGAUCAGUAUGCAGGGUACAUCACCGUUGAUCCACUGGCUGGAAGAGCAUUGUUUUAUUAUUUUGUUGAGUCAUCGGCAAAUUCUUCAACCAACCCUCUAGUUUUGUGGUUAAAUGGAGGUCCAGGCUGUUCAUCCUUCGGAUAUGGAGCCAUGGAGGAAUUAGGCCCCUUUAGAGUCAACAGUGACGGAAACACUCUUUUUCGAAAUAAUUAUGCAUGGAACAAUGUGGCAAAUGUGAUUUUCUUGGAAUCACCUGCUGGGGUUGGUUUCUCUUAUUCAAACACUUCGUCUGAUUAUGACCGCACUGGUGAUACAAGCACUGCCAAUGAUGCCUAUACUUUUCUCGUCAACUGGCUUGAGAGGUUUCCACAAUACAAAACCCGGGAUUUCUACAUUACUGGAGAGAGUUAUGCUGGUCAUUACGUGCCACAGCUAGCGUACACCAUAUUGCUCAACAACAAGAACACAAAUCAAACUGUCAUUAAUCUAGAAGGGAUUUCUAUAGGAAAUGCAGUUAUUGAUGACUCGGCAAUGGCAACAGGAUUCUUCGAUCAUUUUUGGACCCAUGCCUUAAACUCAGACGAGACUCAUAAGGGCAUCUCUACAUUUUGUGAUUUUGUGAAUGGCACUGAAUCCCACAAAUGCUCUAGUUUUGUAGAGAAAGCUCUUCUUGAGCUAGGAAAUAUUGAUUUAUACAACAUUUAUGCACCAAUUUGCCUGAAAACCAUGCUUAAAAAUGGCUCCAGCGGUUCGGUUAACUAUUUUGAUCCAUGUUCGGAUUCAUAUGUCGAAAAUUACUUGAACACUGCAGAGGUUCAAAGGGCUCUCCAUGUAAAUCCUACAACUUGGACAGGUUGCAGAGAUUAUAACUGGACAGAUAUGCCGAGAACUAUUUUGCCAAUUAUCGAGAAUCUCAUGGCUAGCGGCAUGAGGAUCUGGUUAUACAGUGGUGACAUAGAUGCCGUUGUUCCAGUUACAGCAACUAGGUAUGCGAUAAACAGGUUAAAGCUUCCAAUUGAGAAUGCUUGGCGGCCAUGGUACCUUAACAAUGAGGUAGGAGGGUAUGUGGUGGAGUACAAAGGAUUAACAUUUGUAACAGUGAGAGGAGCCGGACAUCUUGUACCGAGUUACCAGCCUCAACGGGGACUUACCAUGAUUUCAUCCUUUCUUCAAGGGGGAAUUUACCUUCACAGAUUGCUCAAGUCCAGAAGAUCACAUAAUUUCCAUGUUUCAGAUUCUUGGGCACGAUUGCAGGAAACAAGAGAGUAUAAUCCGGUGUAUGUAGCGCCUCAAGAUGGAUUAAUGCGACCUGACAAGAUCGACAAGUUGCUGGGACAACCUGAUAAUGUGGAUUUUGAUCAGUCCAGAAUGUUCAUCCUUUGGAUUCGGAGCUAUGGGAACUGGGCCCUUUUCGAGUCAAUGGUGAGGGGAAAACACUUUUUCGAAAUAAUUAUGGAUAGAAGAACAAUGGUGAGAUCAACUUAUGAGUUGAGACAGAAUCAGAGUUUCUUGUACUUAGUUCUUCUAUUGAAUUUUCCAGUGGCAAAUGUGAUUUUCUUAGAAUCACCUGCUGGGGUUUUCACUCCUGUUUGA